UGUCGAAUCCAGAAAUGUACCACGGACUUCGUGUCCCUGACUUCACACCUGAACUCUGCCGUUGACGGCUUUGACUCUGAGUUUUGCAAGGCUCUGCGUGCCUAUGCUGGCUGCACCCAGCGAACUUCAAAAGCCUGCCGCGGUAACCUGGUGUACCAUUCUGCUGUGUUGGGUAUCAGUGACCUCAUGAGCCAGAGGAACUGUUCGAAGGAUGGACCCACAUCCUCUACCAACCCUGAAGUGACCCAUGACCCUUGUAACUAUCACAGCCAUGCAGGAGCCAGAGAACACAGGGGAGGGGAUCUGAACCCUCCCAGUUACCUUUUCUGUGGCUUGUUCGGAGAUCCUCACCUUAGAACUUUCAAGGAUCACUUUCAGACGUGCAAAGUGGAAGGAGCCUGGCCACUCAUAGACAAUAAUUAUCUUUCAGUUCAAGUGACGAAUGUGCCUGUGGUCCCUGGAUCCAGUGCUACUGCUACAAAUAAGGCAA